AUGGUCCAGCAAGUUUACUUCCCCCAGGAUUUGGUGGGAUGUAUAAAUCCAGAUCAUCGACUCCUAGGGUACAAAUACCAUGAUGUAUAUAUAGCUAUACGAUUUGUUUCUGAAGAUAUAUUAACAGAUUUGAUACACCAACCUAGUUUGAAAGAUUUGUGUAUUAUUGGAGGUCCCGGUGGUGAUUUUACAAUCAAGAAACAUUCUAAUAAUCUAAUACCCAUAAUAACCAACGGAUCUGACUCGUUCACGGUGAUUUUGUUCAAUCCACCUAAUUAUAAGAAUCUUGAGUAUUUCAGUAUCAACCCGGUGUUGCUACAAUCAAUGGGUGAAGACGUCAAUAGCAAAUAUCACUUCAUGCGCUCGGUAGAUUACGAAUCCACCAUCUCCAAUGAUGAAGUCUUGGAUAAAAUCAAUUCAGUGUUGAAACUCCGAUUAAAGAUUGAGACACAGAUGAUUGAAAUGGGGAUACUCCCCAAAAGGUUGAAUCUCAGGUAUUCAAUAGGAUCAAAGUUCUGGAACUUCUUGUUCAAAGUGUUUACCCGUGUUAUUCUUUUCAUUCAACUUAUUACCAUAAUGAUCAUCAACAUCAUCAAUUAUCAGUUCUUAGGCUGGAGUCUCGUACGAAUAAGUCAAAUUUUCAGACAAUUGGAUUUGAGGUUGAAACAAGUAACUUUCUUCCCUAUCCAAUUUCUAUGUUAUUACGAUAAAAGUAUUCUUUAUACCGAUAACGAAACAUUGUUGAAGGGUUUAGGAUUACCUUUAUCUAACUCCAAUUUGAACAUCAAUAAUUCCAAUUACAUAAAUCUUUAUAAUUCUUUAUGGCUAAUCACAAAUGACAUUUUAAUAGGGGUUGCCAUGUCAAAGGUCUUCCUGAAAAAUCAACAACUUAUACGUUACUGGGUUGGUUGGUGUUUCAAAAGAUUUCUCAUUGAUGAAUUGUACCAGAUCAUCAGUUGGAUUUCCUACCAUCAUCCUGCUGGGUUUAAAUUGAACAAUGAAUUAGGUAAGUUUAUGGGUGACUUGUUCUUAUGGAGUUUGAAUAUGUGGGAAUCAACGGUAUCAAAAAUCGAUAAUGAUGAAAAUAUUAUCAUGGCUAUUAACAUUUUGUGUCAUAUGGGAUUAAGUUUCAUGAUCGCCAUGAUCAUUGAUUGUAUGAACUUUCUAACAUUACAUGUGAAGUGGUUCUAUCAAAUAUCUGCAAGAAUAUACCAGAAACAAAUAGAAAUCAUCAAAUCUUUGCUUCAAUUAUUUAGAGGUAAGAAGUAUAAUGUGUUGAGAAAAAGAGUAGACAAUUUGAACAAUUACUCCAAACCUAAUGAAUUCGACAUUGAUCAUUUACUUCUAGGAACCAUUAUUUUCAUGAUUUUAAUCUUAUUGUUACCCACGGUAUUUGCCAUUUAUUUAACUUUCUUUGUCAUAAGGUUUUCAUUCUUAUUGCUUCAGAAUUUCUUUGAGAACUUGUUGAUUAUCAUCAAUUUUCUUCCUAUGUUUGUCAUAUUAUUGAAGUUAAAGAACUCCAAUCGUUUGCAAGGGGGUGUGAACUUCGAAAGGUUGGAUUAUAAUGUUAAUAAAUUGAAUUAUCUCAAGUUAUCUAACAAAUCCUUAACAUACAAAGAGAUUUUCAAGAAUUUUACGUCACUAUUCAAGAAGUUGAAGAAUUUUAGGAAAUCCUUGAUCAAUUCUUUAUUUGUCGGUGACUUGAUUGGCUUGAACCACAACUUUAACUUGAAAUUUGAUUUUCUUAUGUUACCCCAGAAUUAUUCCAAAAGUAUAGAGAUUUGGAAAUAUUUUACUAAUAAAUAA